CCGCCGGGACCCGGGACAUGGUGCGAUCCGCGCCGGGUCGCCGCCGCCGCCGCCGCCGCUGAGCUCGCGGGCCGCGCCGGGCUCGGACGUGGAAGCGGGAAGAUGUUUUCCGCGCUCAAGAAGCUGGUGGGGUCGGAGCAGGCUCCCGGCCGCGACAAGAACAUCCCCGCCGGGCUGCAGUCCAUGAACCAGGCGCUGCAGAGGCGCUUCGCCAAAGGGGUGCAGUACAACAUGAAGAUUGUGAUCCGAGGAGACAGGAACACGGGCAAGACCGCGCUGUGGCACCGGCUGCAGGGCAAGCCAUUCUUGGAGGAGUACAUCCCCACGCAGGAGAUCCAGGUCACCAGCAUCCACUGGAACUACAAAACCACUGACGACAUCGUGAAAGUUGAGGUCUGGGAUGUAGUUGACAAAGGGAAGUGCAGGCGGCGAGGUGACGGCCUGAAGGUGGAGAAUGACCCCCAGGAGGCGGAGUCCGAGAUGGCCCUGGACGCUGAGUUCCUGGACGUGUACAAGAACUGUAACGGGGUGGUCAUGAUGUUCGACAUCACCAAGCAGUGGACCUUCAACUACAUUCUCCGGGAGCUUCCCAAGGUGCCGACCCACGUGCCGGUGUGUGUGCUGGGCAACUACCGCGACAUGGGCGAGCACCGAGUCAUCCUGCCCGAUGACGUGCGCGACUUCAUCGACAACCUGGACAGGCCCCCAGGCUCCUCCUACUUCCGCUACGCCGAGUCCUCCAUGAAGAACAGCUUCGGCCUGAAGUACCUUCACAAGUUCUUCAACAUCCCGUUCCUGCAGCUCCAGAGGGAGACGCUGCUCCGGCAGCUGGAGACCAACCAGCUGGACGUGGACGCCACGCUGGAGGAGCUGUCGGUGCAGCAGGAGACGGAGGACCAGAACUACGACAUCUUCCUGGAGAUGAUGGAGGCGCGAAGCCGCGGGCACGCGUCCCCGCUGGCCGCCAACGGGCAGAGCCCAUCCUCCGGCUCCCAGUCUCCGGUGGUGCCUCCGAGCGCCGUGUCCACGGGGAGCUCCAGCCCCGGCACACCCCAGCCGGCCCCGCAGCUGCCCCUGCACCCCCCCUCGGCCUACCCCUGUCCCCCGCCCCCCACAGAGCCUCCCCCACCCCCUGCGGCCCCCCCGCCUCGGCGCAGCAUCAUCUCAAGGCUGUUCGGGACCUCGCCAGCUGCUGAGGCAGCCCCUUCGCCCCAAGAGCCGGCCCUGGCCAGAGAGGCCCCAACCAAAGUGCAGAGCGUGGAGGACUUUGUUCCCGAAGAUGGCUUUGACCGCAGCUUCCUGGAUGACACGGCCCCCCAGAAGGACGAGAAGAAAGCAGGAGCCAAGGUCUCACAGGACAGUGACAGCGAUGGGGGGGCCCCGGGGGGGCCCCCGCUGGUGGCAGACUUCCAGGAUGACGUGGACCUUGAAGAUAGGCCGCCCAGCAGGCCCCUGCCGCCCCCGGGCCCUGUCCCCAGGAAGGAGACUGCUUCCAGCGAGGAGGAAGCAGGGGGGAGGGCUGGGCCCGCCAAGGCCGCCACUGCGGUUCCACAGAAGUGCGCCGACACGGAGACCACACGGUACGUGGAGGGGACUCACCCAGGGUUGGGGGCAGCCAAGAGUCCCCUGACCUCGUCCUUGUCCCAAAGGCCAUCCACACAGGCUUCGAGGCCACACAAAGCCGUGGAGUCCCGCCGGCCAGGCGCCCCCAAGUCCCACCGCAAGGAGCCCUCAGGAGGCCGUAAGGAGAGGAGGGGUGAGCGGGCAGCGGACUCACCAUCGUCGUCAUCGAGCGACCCCGAGGGGCCCAUUGCCGCCCAGAUGCUGUCCUUCGUCAUGGAUGAUCCCGACUUCGAGAGCGACUCGGACACUCAGCGGAAAGCGGAGGAGUUCCCGGUGCGGGAGGACCUCUCUGACGACACGGACGAGGGUGCCGGGCCUGCCCAGCCGCCGCCGCCCCCCAAGCCCCCCAUGGCCUCCUUCAAACCGAAGGAUGACUCCGAUCUCUUCGGCUUGGGGCCGGAGGAGCCGGGCCGCAAGGAGGUCAGCGACGAAGAGAAGGUGGGCAAGCCUCCCUCGAAAGAGAAGAAGAAGAAAAAGAAAAAAGGCAAAGAGGAGGAAGAAAAGGCCGCGAAGAAGAAGAGCAAGCAUAAGAAGGGCAGGGACCGGGAGGAGGACAGGCAGGAGCGGCGGCGGCGGCCCCGGGGCACCGAGAGGACUGCAGUGGACGAGCUGGAAGCCUUCCUGGGGGGCGCGGCCCCGGGCAGCCACCUCCGCGGGGGCGGCGACUACGAGGAGCUCUAGGCCGAAGCCCACUCCGCGCUCGCUGGGGGCCGGGCCGCCCCGCUCGGAGCCGGGCAGUGGGCGGAGCCGGGUGGCGGGCUGGGCUGUGCGGGGAGCCGGGCCCCCAGCGC